GUUUUCUGGAUCCCUUAAGUAAAACUGGGUACCAUUGUGAAAUGUAAACAUCCCGUGAUCAAGGAUUAUUUACCGAAAUCUCAAAUAACGUCAGUCGACUAUAAAUCAUCAAUCAAGAACAAUGACGGAUGUCCCAACUGAAUCAGACACUCUCCUUAGCAGACCUGAAAGUGAUGAAGAAUGCCAAGUUCCUGUAUCCAUUCCCCGUGAGACCAAGCUAUCCUUGUCACAGUAUCAAACUACAAGAUCAUUAAGCACAUCAGGGGAAGUAAUUCCUUCACCUAGUCAUGAACAGACAACUUGCCCUCUUCCCACCACCAGAGAAAUCACUGCUGAUAUUGUUGUACACAAUGUAUCCAAUAACAACAGCCCAUCUCAAGGGGGGCCUAAAACUAGUACACCAAAACCUACCGCAAGUACUCGAUCCUCUAGCCAUAUUGGAAAUGUUGACAUUGAAAGUUACACUGGUGCUGUGGGGUUUUCCCCAGUGCGAAGAAGAGGGACAGAAAGUGUUGGUGGUUCAUUUACCAGCACAUACUCAACAACUGAUAGGCCAAGUAGGAGUAAGAAAACAGUCAGUUUUGUGGAUCCUCUCAACCUCAGAGUACCUGUGGUUGGGUUUGAAGUCAUGGAUCAGAGGUCAAAGUUUACAGUUUUCAAACUUCAUGUGCACAAAACAGAGACCGACAACUGGUUUGUGUUUAGACGAUACACAGAUUUUGAACAACUGCAGAGAAAGUUGCGUCGAUUGUUCCCCAUGUUUCGACUUGCUCUGCCUCCGAAGAGAUGGUUCCGAGAUAACUAUGAGAAGGACUUUCUGGAGGAUCGCAUGCUGGGAUUGCAGGCCUUCAUUGACAGUGUGCUCUGUCACUCUGACCUCUGUAACAGCGUGCCUGUACAGGAGUUCUUUUGUUUUUGUGAUCCACCCGGGCCUCAUGACAGUGUGGAGGAGAGCAGGGCGUACUGUGAGGAGCUCGAGGAUUCCGUAUACAGCCUGAGGAAGCAGCUCGGGGAUCGAGACACUGAGAUUGAGCUUCUGAAAGAGGAACUAGUGCUCUACAAAAACCAGGUGGAAAUACUCACUAAAGCUCUCAGGGAUGCCACAGCAAGUGGUUCCAAUACAUCCCCAAUGAAUCCAUCCCCUGUAAGUUCAUUGGCUGAGUGUGAUUUCACUGCUGCAGAAUCUGGCCAAUCAGCAGCUGCGAAAAAAGUCAGAACAACCAAUCAGAGUGCUUUUAAUUUAAAACCUACCUCUUCUGAGAUGUCCAUUCAGGAGGAACUUGUUGCUGCUUCCAAACAGAGUAACAUGGAAGUCCUGCAAGAUAAAAGAAACUUCAAGAUUUUACCAGCUUCUUAGUAUAUUUAUGAAGUUGUUCCAGAAAUUAAAACCAAUCCCUUUUGUGAUUUUAAUGAGGUUGUAAGUUCCAAGUAUGCAACCAUAACACUUUUUUUUGCUGGAAGCAAAAUAUGCAGAUUUUUGUUGUUUUUUCAGUGAGAAUGUGGUUACUAAUUUAUUUAUGAUUCUAUAUAUUUUGUUUUUAAUAAUCAAAUACUUAUUGCAUUUAAUGAUGACUAUUGUUAGUGAUUAAAAUGUUGGUGUUUUACUUGGAAUACCGGGGCCCGUAUUCACCUAACAAUUCUUAGACUUAAGUCUAAGAAUAAAGAAAAUUCUUUAAAUUAGAAUAUUCAAGAAUUUAUUUAAUUUUGAGUCAAUUCUGCUGUUAACAUCUCUAUCUAUAUUAUUCUUCAUAUAGAACAUUUUGUUAAUGACGUAAUCACUAGUGUAGGCCUGUAUAUAUUCAAACACUGAACACAUUUUUCUUGGUUCUAAGUCGAUUCUUUAUUCUUAAGUCUAAGAAUCGGUUGGUGAAUACGGGCCUUGGUUUGUUAUUUGCAAUGAAUGAAGCUCAAGAGAGAAGUGCCUGUUAUAUUGUUACAGUUAUGUUUCACAUUAUAAGAGUAAAAAAUCACUUUAAUAGGUUCCUCUACCAAAAGAAGUUGAGUUCGUUUAACCAGUGUUUAUGAAUAUUUGUUCAUGAGAUAUAGUGAGCUAGUUUUUGCUUUAACACAUAAUCAGCCUGCCAAGUAUUUGUUAAUGUAUUCCGUGUUCAAAGAAAUCCAUGUACAUGUAUUAAGUUAUUGUUAAUUUUGCUUUACUUUUACUGCUUGAACCACACUUUUAGAAUAUACCGUAAUUACUCUAUGUUUUCGGACAUUCUAAGUUUUUCGGACACCCCUAUUUUUAGCAAAAAUAAAUAUUUUUUGUUACUUAAUUUUCGGACACAUGAGUUUUCGUUCAUAAUUAAUGUCUCUAAAUUUUUGGACAGUAUAUUUUACAGCACUAUUUUACCAAAUUUCGGUUCUGUUUUCGAUAUCUAAUGACACUUCGAUCAUGGGGUUUUACAACCAGAUUAACAUCAUAAAACACGGCAGGUGAAUGCCUAAGGGCAACGGACCAUUACAUUUGCAUUGCAUUAUUGGGUAAAUAACCUUGUAAACCGGUAUUAAACAAUGGUUUCGCCCAAUAGCAUAAGCGUUAUGACAAUUACCAGGGGUAGUGCCAAUUUACAGUUCAAUUAUCUACCGCAAUGGUACUACCCCUUCUCAGUAAAAUAACUGUGAUAAAUACUAAACGCUUACAAGUGUGAUGCACGAUAUUGCAAGUUUUAUGAACAAUGGAAGGUGUUAGACAACAACUAUCGGAAAUGGACAAACAAAGAAUUCAUAGUUUGCUUUUUUUAUUGCGUUAAUUACAGGUUCAUACUAGCUAGUAUCAGUACAUCACAUGCUCAUCUUUGAACUUGUUGGUCAAAGUACAACCUUGAAGUAACUUUCUGUGAAAUAAAUUAAGCAUUUAAAAUUAUUUAAAAUGCAGUGCAAACAUAUAUAACUGUAAUUUAUACUAUACGGAAUGGUAUUUUACAAGCGCGUGCUAUUACCGGUAGUUGUGGAUACAAUUGACGCUAUUUUUGGACACUUCAAUUUUCGACUCUAAGUUUUCGGACACCUGUAUUUUCUGAAUAUUUUUCAUAUCUAAGUUUUCGGACCAGAAAAAAAAAAAUAUUUUUAAGUGUCCGAAAACAUAGAGUACUUACGGUACGCUAAUUUAUACCACUCAAAGUAUACAAAGUAAAGUGGAUAUACUGGAAUCACCAUGAAUGUCUCCAUAAACACAAACUUGUCAAAAGGCAUUCUCCUCCCAUUAACAAUGUGCAACUUUCCAACUUUUGUUUAAUUAAAUGAAACUUAAACUGAAUUCCGGUUAGUGUUUCUUCUUUUGAUUUCAUUAAUUAUCCUAAUGUUUUGACAUAGAGUCAAGUAUUUUAUGACGCCACACAUAAAGGAACUAAAUUACACUAAAAGGAGGAUCAAUGACAGAAGUCAAGAAUUCAUGAAAUUGCCAAGAUAUAGUAUGCAUUUAUCUUUCCAAAUGUUUCAAGCAUAAUGUGUUGCAAAUAAAAAAAAUGUUGUUGGUUAAUUGUGUGGAAAUACAUUUGUAGAAAAAAACUAUGUAGGAAUCAGAUGAUUUUGCAAAAGAUUUCAAUGGAUAAUUACCACACAUUAAAUCUACAGAUUUGAAAACAAUAUUUUAAUUGAAAUGAUGAGCAGCAAUUAUGCAGUAUUGGUUUAAAGUCCGGCCUUUUCCUGGCCAUCAAAUUUUGGAAUAGAGGUUUUAGUUUGUGAAAAGUACACUGAUUUGGGAAAAACAAAUUUUACGACACCCUUUUUAAUAAAUAAUAUCAG